AUGUCAAAGUUAUCUGUAAAUAUAUAUGAUUUAACAAAGUCAAUCAAUAGAGUUAGUAAAAAUACAAACAUUAGUAGACCUACUGAGAUUGCUACUUUUAGUUAUGACGAUGACAACAAUCUAUUUCCACCAGCUAUAAAUAAAUAUAAAAGACCAAAGAAUUUACCUUUGGAUAUAGGAGCAGGAUUUAGUAUGGAGAAUGCAAAACCUAUGAAUAUGCCGUCGCCACUCACACCAAUUCUGACGACAUUGGAGAAAGAGAAGAUCGAUGUUACAGCAGUUGACUUUAUCACCUAUCGUAACAAUCUCAACAAGAUAUUCGGUGUCUAUUGUAAUAAAGAUAGCUGGACCAUCGAUAUCGAACGAUUGGACGAUACCAUACACCUCGGAAUCAAACAUAUCACCUCACAACCGGAAAACGAAGAUCAAGCGAAAUCAAUGUAUUCCGGUUUCAAAUUCGAGGAACUAUCAACCUCACAAGAUACACCAUUGAAAUAUUGUUCAAUCAUUCAAACUACAUUAUCAAACAAAAGUUCAAUAAUUAACGUUAACAAACUAACUAUUUAUUUCUAUAAUAUGAAAAGAAUAAUAAUGGCAGCUGAAAUAGAUUGUUAUGAAGAUGUAAUUUUGAAGGAAAGUGGUACUAAAGAUAAAAAGAGAACAAUCGAUCAGGUAGAAGAUAAUAUUGAAAAUCUCACAGGUGAUGUCAAGACAAUGAAGCGAUAUAUAGAGCUGAAAACAAGUAAAGUUAUUUUGAAUGAGAGAAAUCAGAAUUCAUUCGAGAGAUUCAAGUUAUUCAAAUUUUGGUUGCAAUCUUACUUGGCUGGAGUGGAGUUGGUUGUCUGUGCUUUUAGAGAUGACGAUUAUAAAGUGGUCGAUAUACAAGAGUUCUAUACACAUGAUAUCCCUAUGAUGUCAAACGGCAAAUGGAGUACAAAUGAAUGUCUUCUAAGAGGAAAUUCAAUAUUAGAUCUCAUCAAAGACAAUACCAAAUCAAACAAAUCUUAUCAAUUACAAUAUAUUUAUCCAAUGUUAUAUCUUAAUGAAACUUCACCUGAUAAUAAUAAUAAUAAUAAUAAUAAUAAUAAUAAUAAUAAUAAUAAUAAUAAUAAUAAUUAUGAAAAUAUAUUAACAGAUCAAUAUAGAACUUAUUUUAAUACUUGUAAAGUAAAUUUUAGAACUGAAGAAAAAUACUUUGUUGGAGAUACAGUCUCUGUUAUAGGUGUGGUUUCAAUUGGAAAAAGAAAAAAAAGAGAUUCAGAACAAAUGUGGUACAGCGACAUUGUAGCGAUAUUGGAAAAAACAAUACUCAUCAGAUGGUUCGAAUUGGAUUAUGAAAAUGAAUAUAUAUAUAUAUAUGGAGAAUUCGAACAUAUCAAUCACAAUCAAAUUAAUGAAAAAGCAAGGAAAGUUUAUCAGCACAAUAAUAAUCGAGUAUCAACACACAAAGAGAAAGAAAUCUUGGACCGUUUAACUAAAAUAGAAGAAACAGUACAGAGUAUUCUUAAGUUAUCAAGCACAAAUAUAUUUAGAAUUAAUGAGGCUUCAAUAGUAAAAAAAUGUAAGAAUAAACAGAAAUAUUCAGAAAAUUUAGUAGUUUCUGAUAAGUUUAUUAGAUCAACCAUCAGAGAUGAAUGUAACUUCUCGACUACGAUUGAUAUUACUAGUAAAAUUGAAGAGGAUCAAAAUAUUUUAUUAGGUGAGUUGAGACAGCUUUUAGUAGAUCUAAAAGACUGUGAAUUUCAAGUAGAUAGUGAUGUGGAAUGUAUUAAAAUUAUAGAAGAAAAACAGAAACGCGCUGAGAAGGAAGUUAAUAAAUCUUUUAUUAAUAAACAUACAUAUAUAACAUCUACCAUCAAAGAUUAUUUGUAUCUUUAUACUAAUAUUAUCAAUCGUUUCAUAUUUACACUGGCCUCAGUAGAUCCCGUCUUAAAACUAUUGGAUCUACAUCAGAUCACCAGAAGUUCAUUAUAUCAUUCAUUAUUGGUUUGUCUUCGUGAUGAUAUGCUUGUAAAAAUACAAUCAAUGAAUUCAACAGAUUUAGAGAUGUUAUUGGAUAAAUCAUUUCCUUAUAUCGGUUUCGAAGAGUUGAAAGCUGUACCUAUGAAUGACGACGAGAAUAUAAAGUAUAUUACAUUCUUGAUGACGCUGGCAAUGCGUGCAUUGGUUAUGCUGCGCGAACAAGACUACAAGUCGCCACACAUAAAGAAGCCAGUGAUGGCCAGUUUCUAUCCGAUGUUGGCCAGUCAGAUUCUCGAUGAUUUGUCGCGUGACAGCGCCGCCACACUAGAGUCUGGCGAAGUCGAAGAGGUCGACUCGAACCUCACUGCACUAUUCACCAAGAAUAUGGUUUGUCAACUCAUUAUGUGUACGUACAUUGUGAAGCGUGUCAAUGAAAAGGAUGUAUCGACCGUUGAGAAAUAUCUAAAUCCGGCAGAACUUCAACAACUCCAACAAUCGAAAUACAUGGAUGAGAUCAACAAUCUCUCAAAGUCAUUACUUGAAAAGACAGGAGCACGUCUCAAUGAAAAGAGUAUGCCGAUUCUAGUUGACUUUAUCAAUCGUUCAAUGAAUGUAACACCAACACCUCCAACUGUUUCAACAGCAACAACAACAACAACAACACCACCAUUACAAUCAUCUCAACAACAAUCAUCUUCUUCAUCAAACAACAACAACAACAACAAUAAUAAUGAAUUGAAUUAUGAUAUGGAUGAUUUCGAAAAUCAAUUUCCAGAUGGAGAUGGUGAGUUUCAAAUGGAACACCAACAUCAUCAACUACAGGAUGAUGUACAAUCAACGGAACAAAAGAAAAAUGGUGACGAACAGAAUGGCGGUAGUACUACCUCUGGAGUACCAAUGGCAACUACCACUUCACCCGAUGUAAAUAUAAUGGAUGACGACAAAACAACACCACCACAACCACAAACAAACAAUACACCUCCAACAACAACCAGUAACGAUCAACCAAUGACUGAAUUGGAAGAAGGUGAACACGACUUUACCGAUAACUAA